AUGGCUUCGCUCAGCUCAAAAUGUUCCAGAGUUUCAAGUUCCCCGAUCGGAUCUCCGGGGGGAGCCAGGUUGAGAAGAGCUUCACGAAGAGUAAGAUGGUGCAAUGAGAAGCACUGCAUAGGAACGUGGAAUGUAAGAUCCAUGUAUCAAGGAAAACUAGACAUAGUGAAAAGAGAAAUGGAGAAAAUUAACAUUGACAUAUUGGGAAUAAGUGAAAUGAGGUAGACUGGCAUGGGAGAAUUUGCUUCGGAUGGCCAUAUGGUGUAUUAUUCUGGGCACAAUAACAACAGGAGUAAUGGAGUAGCCUUCAUAGUUAGUGAUAAAGUGAGAAAAGCUGUAAUGGGAUGCAAAUAUAAAAAUAAUAGAAUGAUGUCCAUCAGACUUCAAGGUCAGCCCCUCAACAUCACAGUAAUUCAAGUUUAUGCACCAACAACCGAUGCUGAAAAGGAAAUUAUUGACCAGUUCUAUGGAGAUUUACAAGAAUUACUACUGUCAACACCAAAAAAGGAUAUCAUCUUCAUAGUUGGAGAUUGGAAUGCAAAAGUGGGAGAUCAAGCUGUAGAAGGUAUAACAGGGAAAUACGGUCUUGGUACAACAAAUGAAGCAGGACAGAGACUCCUAGAAUUCUGCCAAGAAAAUUCAUUAAUAAUUACUAAUACACUGUUUCAACUACCAAAACGAUGCCUGUAUACCUGGACUUCGCCAGAUGCCCAAUACCGGAACCAAAUUGAUUACAUACUUUGUAAUCAGAGGUGGAAGAGUGCGGUUCAGUCAGCUACAACAAGACCUGGGGCUGACUGCGAAUCAGAUCAUGAGCUCCUGAUUGCAAAAUUUCAGCUGAAACUUCAGAAUGCAGCAAAAAGUAUCCCAACUUGCAGAUACAACCUUAACUCUAUACCCUCCGACUACACUGUAGAGGUGCAAAACAGAUUUAAUGUAUUAGAGCUGGAGGACAAAAGCACACAAGAGAUGUGGACAGAAGUAGCUAAUACUGUCAAGGAGGCCGCAGAGAAACACAUUCCCAAGAAAAGGAACAGCAAGAAGGCUAGAUGGCUAUCAGUUGAGGCACUGCAAGUUGCAGAAGAACGAAGGAAAGCAAACAUCAAGGGAGAUAGAUCAGCUAUGUUUGAAUUAAAUAAAGAUUUUCAGAAACUAGCUAGAAGAGAUAAAAAUAUAUUCUUUAAUGAACAGUGCAACGAAGUUGAAGAUAGUAAUGGAAUGGGGAAGACAAGAGAUCUUUAUAAGAAAAUUAGAGAAAUUAAAGGAAAAUUUCAGGCAAAAAUUGGAAUGACAGAAGAUAGAAACGGGAAAGAUCUGAGUGAAGCAGAGGAUGUUAAGGAAAGAUGGGCAGAAUAUGUAGAAGACCUAUACAAGAAAGAACUGCAUAAUGACAGGGCUCCUACUGCUGAUGUUAAUCAUUCACUGACUGAUGCACAAAAAAGAACUGCAUUUUCCAGUGAUAACAGUAUGUCACAUCUGCAAACAGGUAUUCUAACUAGCGUACCUGAAGAAGCUUUAUACACUGAAUAUCCUGAAGAUCUUGAAGAAGAUAUUGGCCAUAUAUUUACUGAAGAAAUGGGUACUACACUGUUGGAACAAAUGUUUGCCAGAUUUUGUGAAGGAAGCUGGAUUCAAAAUUAUGACAAAGAAGUUAUAAAGGCCUACAGAGAUGCAGAUCAUGCUGGUGAUAAGAAAGCAAGAUGUUCAGUGACAGGUGUUCUCACAAUUGUCACUCAAGGAGCCGUACCAUGGACCAGUCAGGUACAGAAAUCAAUUGCAACAUCCACUAUGGCAGAAGAUAUUAUAUCUGCAAGUGAAAGCAAAGAAGCUGAACUGGAAGAAACUUUUGUGAAUUGUGUUUUAUUCUUCUCAUGA